AUCGCUUGACACACAGAGACGGACAGAUAGACAGUCUGAUGCCAACUGUCUCUGCUGUCAAUCUCACGACACCACUCCUCCUGUUGUUGCUAUGGGCAAUCCACCCCUCCAUGGCAACCAACUGGCUCUCCCUGGCGAGGCUGCCCCGCUCCAGGCCCGUGUCAGGUGACGCCCCCUGCGCGCGGCUCCGAGGGCUGUCCUCGGGGCAGGUGGGGGUGUGUAGGGCGAGGGGGGAGGUCAUGGAGUCCGUGCGCAAGGCGGCCGAGAUGGUGAUCGAGGAGUGCCAGCACCAGUUCAGGAACCGGCGCUGGAACUGCUCCACCACGCCCCGCGGGAUCAACGUGUUUGGGAAGGUCCUGCAUCAAGGGACACGCGAGGCGGCCUUCGUGCACGCCCUGUCCUCGGCGGCGGUGGCGAUGGCGGUGACGCGGGCCUGCAGCCGGGGGGAGCUGGAGAGGUGUGGCUGCGACCGGAAGGUCAGGGGGGUCAGCCCGGAGGGGUUUCAGUGGUCGGGCUGCAGUGACAACCUGUCCUACGGGGUGGCCUUCUCCCAGACAUUUGUGGAUGAACAGGAGAGAGCUAAGGGCUUAUCAGCAGGUCGACCCCUCAUGAAUAUCCACAACAACGAGGCCGGUCGGAAGGCUAUUCUGCACAAUAUGCAGGUGGAGUGUAAGUGCCACGGCGUCUCGGGCUCCUGUGAGUUGAGAACCUGCUGGAAGGUCAUGCCCCCAUUCAGGCGUGUCGGCGCGGUGCUCAAGGAACGCUUCGACGGCGCCACAGAGGUGCGUCUGACUCGUAUAGGAUCAAGGACUGCUCUCUUACCCCGAGACCCCCAGGUGAAGCCACCAGCCGCCAGGGACCUGGUGUACCUGGCCCCUUCCCCGGAUUUCUGUCAUCUGGACCCUGACAACGGUAUCCCCGGCACGGCUGGGAGACGCUGCAACGGGACGUCCCGGCUCGCCCCGGACGGCUGUGAGCUGGUGUGCUGUGGGCCUGGGUACCGAGCGGGCCGGGCUGAGGUGGUACAGCGCUGCUCCUGCAAGUUCUCUUGGUGCUGCUCAGUCCGCUGCCAGCAGUGCAAGAACACAGUGACUAUCCACACCUGCAGAGUCUGAUAGGGCUUAGCAUGCACGCACACAAACAUACACAGACACACUACA